AUGGCAGCGCAGCAUCCCAAGACUUUUGCUUACGAUGCCGGCGUUCUCGACCCCGAGAUUGCUACUCAUAUUUCCUCGCUAUACGCCGCCGUGGACAAUGGAGAGCAUGUUGCUUGGGGUGCCCACUUCACGGAAGAUGCUGAGCUGAAGAAGGGCACCACCAAUGUAAAAGGGCGCGAAACUCUUGUCGACCUCAUCACGAAGUCAUGGUCUGAGUUCAAGAGCCGCGACCACACUGUUUAUUCUGUCUUCCCCUUCGGCCCCAAGGCUGAGGAGGUGAUGCUCCAUGGGAGAAGCAACAAUGUUUCCGUGACUGGUGAAGAAAGUACCUUUACCUGGGCAGCAAGAAUGCAUUUCAGAAGGUCCGAGGACGAUAACGUUCUGAUCGACAAAUACACGAUCAUCGUCGAUCCUUAUCCGUCUACUCUGUAA